AAAAAUUUGCUUUGUAAGUAAACAUUUGCUCAGCAAGUUGCACCAUGCGUGUCAUUACUUUCCUGGCUGUUUGCAUUGCAUCGGUUGCGGCCGUUCCCACAAAUCCUCAAAGGAUAGUGGGUGGUCAUAAUACCAGCAUUGGCCGCUACCCAAGCAUUGCUUCUCUUCUCUACACUACGAACUGGAGCCAGUACACGCAAGUUUGUGCUGGUACCAUCUUGAACAAUAGAUCCAUCUUGACAGCUGCCCAUUGCAUUGCCGGCGACGAAGUUGGCAGAUGGCGCAUCCGUAUUGCUUCUGUUUUCGCUAACAGUGGUGGUGUUGUUUACAAUUCAAACCAGCAUAUUGUUCAUCCAUCAUUCAACGCUGAGACCUUGGAGAAUGACAUCGCUAUCCUGCGCUCUGCCUCCUCCUUCUCCUUCAACAACGCAGCUCGAGCAGCUAGCAUUGCUGGCUCAAACUACCACCUUCCUGAGAACAGAUACGUCUGGGCGGCCGGAUGGGGUGUAACCAACUAUGGCUCAAGCUCCGGCUCUGAGCAACUCCGUCACGUCCAGCUUGAGACAAUCAACCAGAACACUUGCAGAAACAACUACGCUAGCCGUGGUUUCACUAUCACCGACAACGUGGUGUGCGCAGGCUGGAACUUUGGUGGUCGCGACCAGUGCCAGGGUGAUGCUGGUGGCCCCUUGUACCACAAUGGUGCUGUUGUUGGUGUCUACUCUUUCGGUAUUGGCUGCGGUCAAGCUAACUUCCCUGGAAUAAACACCCGUAUUUCCAGUUACACUUCUUGGAUAUCAUCAAAUGCUUAAAAAAACAGACUUUUGCUUUGUUUUGAUGGACAUAAAGUUGGCGGUAUUCUUAUAAUAAAUGAGCAUAAUUAAAA